AUGGAUCGUAGGCGGGACAAUCGCCGCGAUUGUAUCGGCUACAAUAACUGUCUUUCGAAAAUGAAGCCGCUGCUGCAAAUGAUCAUGUCAUCGCCAACGACGUUACUCGCGUUCGUCAAGGGAAACGGUUGGAAGUACCCGCUCCGCUGCCCUUCUGAUGCGUAUUACUUAAGACGUCGAUUACAAAAGGAGGGAAGCAUAACUAUGAAGAUGGUCCUUGGAAGUGGCGCGCAAUAUUUGGUUCAUUUUGAAAACCAGAUUUUGAAUCUUCGUUGCAAAAAAAAUUGCAAUAUGUUAUUGAUUGCAUAA